CGUGAGGAUCGGAUAUAGCGCUGCCCCCUUUCAAAAUGAUAUUUCGAUUCGUCACAUAAAAAUCAUGGACUGCUCAGUUUCUACCGUACUUCUCCAGCUCGCUCUCCUUUUCUGCCUUGCCAACACUGCUCCAGACGAUGUUGCGCUAAUAAGCAAGGGCAAUAGGAGGCGAGAUGCGAUCAACGGGACGAGAAUCGACCAGCAAUCUCUUGGUGAAGGGGAUCCAGAGUUUGCAUUUCCCAUAGGCAACCUCACAACGCCAGUCGGCCGGGAAGCUGUGCUGUCUUGCACGGUUGAAAAUCUGGGGAAAUAUAAGGUGGGGUGGAUGAAAGCAGAGGACCAAACAAUUUUGAGUCUCCACCAAAGGGUUGUCACUCACAACUCGAGGAUCCACGUGACCCACGACAACCAAAGAACAUGGAGGCUGCACAUAAAACAGCUCAAGGAGUCGGACAGAGGCUGCUACAUGUGCCAAAUCAACACAAACAUUAUGAAGAAGCAAGUGGGCUGUGUUGACGUACAUGUGCCUCCGGACAUCCUUUACGAUGAAACCUCGGCGGAUGUUAGCAUUCAGGAGGGCGAAAACGCAACUUUGACAUGCAAGGCCGCUGGGCACCCUGAACCUAGGAUAACGUGGAAAAGAGAAGACGGAGAACCGAUUCUGCUCAAAAGAGGCCGAGGGGGCGACAUGUUAAGGGUCGAUACCUACAAUGGUAGUGUACUGCAAUUCUUGAGGCUGGACAGACGGCAAAUGGGGGCUUUCCUUUGCAUAGCGAGCAACGACGUCCCGCCGGCCGUCAGUAAACGAAUCAUCUUGAACGUCGUCUUUGCUCCAACGAUCAAGGUGCCCAAUCAGCUGUUGGGAUCGCCCCUCGGAACUGACGUCGAACUCAAAUGCUACGCCGAAGCUUUUCCCAAUACCAUCAACUACUGGAUCAAAAACGGGGGCGAAAUGCUUCUAGAUGGAUCAAAGUACCAGGUCCGAGAAAACCGUUCGAACUACAAGGUUUUUAUGUGGCUCGUCAUACGUGCCUUCAGCUCGUCCGACAUAGGCACCUACAACUGUAUCUCGACCAAUUCCCUCGGAAAAGCCGAAGGGACCCUACGGCUGUACGAAAUAAAACUACCUCAUCCCCAUGAUCCGGCCCAAGAUAACCAGGCCGCCUUCCUGGGAGAGUUGGCGGAAUCUUCGAGAGGCGAGAAGUCGAGGAGCGAGCUUAAGAAAACUUCGGACUCUUACCCGAAGAACGAGCCGACGUUCAGCCUUGUGCUGGUCCUCGCCUUGACCAGCUGGAUGUACUCAUAACCCAACACCUCGAAACGCUCAGAUUGUACAUAUGUAUAUUACCUUCGCUUGUAUGUAAAUAAGAGGAUUCGACUUUGAAAAACAAAAUAAUGUUCAACAUUUGUAUAUUGUUUAUAUGUAAACAUCGAAGUCAGACACCAAGUGUGAAAACAAAUUGAGAUACUAUUAUGUUGGUAUUUUAUGUAGGUUUAAUAAAAACGGUUUCUUAUUUAAUGAAAAAAUAAUUCAAAUAAAUUAAAUAACUUUGUGGAGUUUGUUUUUGAACUCCAACUAAGCGAGAAAAGAAAAUAUUAUCAUUUUAAACAAUAAGUAUGUAUUUUUGGCUUAAUAAUGUUGAAUUUGUCUUCCUAAUUUGACCUUAAAUGUUUCUAAUUCUUACUAUUCAUAAACAUCGUUCCUAGAGUAGCAAUGCUAUCACACUUUAUAUACUUUCUACAAAAGAUACUGUUUUUGUUUAUAUUCCGUGUCUGACUGCUUAAGCCUUUAAAGAAAAACGUUCUGCUUUAUUUGUAUCCCAAGUGUAAAAAAGCGCUGUUUUUUCAAAAAUGUUCAAAUUGUAAAUUAUCGCAAGAUCCGUGACACGAUCAACUCUAUCUUUAACUUUCCGAUAUUUUCUUUUCCUAGACUGUCUGAUAUGUCAAAGUAAAACAGAACCCCCAUCGGAAAAACGUCUUUGCGCCACAAACCGUAUUCUGUCUUCCAUCGUGGUUUGCUUGAUGAACCUUUUCCCUUCGAGCUUGUCUGUAUACGAACGGUUGAGAGCGCAUCCAGCUGUAAACAUUUUUUGUAAAUAGGACACCCUCGGUGGAUCAGUUCGCUUCGAUUUUUUUGAAAAUGUCUGUGUGUUGACCAUGCUGAUCUGUCGGACGGCUAACGAGUAUAAUAAACGUCAUUAUGAAAAUAAUGUUAGUGCCAAGGAUAAGGUGUAUAAUUGUGAAAUUACCAAACGAAAACGUG